UUAUCUCAAUUCUCGAACUCAGGAUUGCGUCGCUCGUGGUUUAGGGUUUAAGGAGGAGUGGGGGGCGAUGCAGGAGCGGUCAGUAUCGAACAUGUCCAUCUCCAUCUCCAUGUCCAUGUCCCUCAAGCUCUCUUCCUUCCCACCUCCACUUUGGAGACUCCAACCUCCUCCUCCUCCAGUAUCGGACGCCGCCGCCGCCGCCGCUAUCCCGCUCUCCUCAGCCCCCGCCCACUUCAGCACCCGAGGCUUCCAUUGCCUCCUCCCCCGCUCUCCCCUCGGUACCCAGAACCGUCGUCCCAAGCACCCUCCCCUGCUCUCGAGCCCCGCCGAUGUGCCCUCCCCUGAAGAUGAAGAAGAUGAAGAAGAUGAAGAUGAAGGUGAAGAAGACGACUCCGCUUCCUCCGCGCGCGACGCCGUGUCUCGCCUCCUUCACCUCGAAUUCGGUCUCUCCUCGGACGAUGCCUCGAGGGUCGCCUCCAAUGCCCCCGACUACAUCCGCUCGUUGAUCGACGGGGUCCGGGAGCUGGACGAGCUCUCCCUCUGGGAUUCUUCCUGGAAGUCUGCGCCCCUCGUCUCCGCCUCCACCGCCGCCGGUUUUCGGGAGAAGGUGGCGUUUUUGGCCAAGCAGAGAGGAGACCGAGGCAAGGUCGCUUUCCUCGAGAGCAUCGGCCUCCCUCUCUCCUCUGCCCUCUUCGUCGCUCGUUCCGUCUCCUCCGACUCUCUCCCCACUCUCCUUCGCAAGGUUAAAGUGUUGAAGGAAAUCUUAUUUUCUAGCAGUGAUGUAGAAGGUUUGCUCGGGAAAAAUGCUCGUCGAAUGAUGAUGCACUUAUCGAUUCCUGUGGAUGAAGAUGUGCAGCUAACCUUAUCUUUCUUUGAAAAGAUUGAAGCAAGACGUGGGGGUCUAGAUAUGUUGGGCUACAAAGAUGCCUCUUUUCUAUAUCUGGUUGAAUCAUUUCCGCGUCUUCUUUCAUUGCCGAUAGAAUCCCAUGUAAAGCCUCUGGUACAAUUUUUUGAAAGUAUUGGCAUUCCUCAUGGACGAGUACGGAAUAUCUUUCUUCUCUUCCCACCGAUCAUCUUCUACAAGGUUAAUGACAUAAGCAAGAAGGUUCUGGUGUUUCAGAAGAUUCUUGCAGAUAGUCAUGAUGUUGGGAGAAUGCUUCUGAAAUAUCCAUGGAUGCUUUCCACGAGCAUCCAGGUGAACUAUGAAGAGAUCCUUUCAUUCUUUCAGAUGGAAAAGGUACCAGAACCAAGCAGUCACCGCGCAAUUAGAUGCUUGCCUCAUAUUAUGGGGUGUUCAACUAGCAAGCUAAAGUUGACGGUGGAAUCAUUGGGUGAACUAUCUGUUCGAAAUAAGAAAAUGGGUAAGGUCAUUGCUAAAAGUCCUCAGCUACUACUACGGAAGCCUGAAGAAUUUUUCCAGGUGGUUUCUUUACUCGAAAAUUUUGGAUUUGAUAGGGAGACGGUGGGGAAGAUUGUUCUUCGCUGUCCUGAAAUUUUUGCUGCUAGUAUAGAGAAAACUCUAAACAAAAAGCUUGAAUUCCUUAAAAACAUGGGCAUUUCCAAUCAUCACCUUCCAAGGGUUAUAAAGAAAUAUCCGGAGGUUCUUGUGUCUGAUGUCGACCGCACUUUGAUCCCUCGGAUAAACUAUCUGAUGGAGAUAGGGCUUACAAAGCGAGAGAUUGCCUUCAUGGUGCGGAGGUUCUCGCCAUUGUUGGGUUACAGCAUUGAGGAGGUGUUCAUACCAAAGCUGGAAUUUCUAGUGAAGACAAUGGAGAAGCCUCUGAAGGAGAUUGUGGACUACCCGAGGUACUUCAGCUAUUCACUGGAGAAGAAGAUAAAGCCUAGAUAUUGGGUGUUAAAGGGUACGAAAGUCGAGUGUAGCUUGAAAGAUAUGUUGAGCAAAAAUGACGAGGAAUUCGCCGCCAAAUUUAUAUAUGUCGACAGGAUGCUUCUCCCCCCCGCCCCUUCUCAUCAUUGAAAUACCCGUGAAAGUCGUUGAAACAUAGAAAGCCGGUGUGUUGUACAUACAUAUGAAGACAGUGAAAUCAAAAAGAAAAAAAAAUAGUGAGUUGGGUUUUCCUCAGUCUUGGAUAAUUUAGUGCCUCUUCCAUGGAACUCUGGUACACAGGGAAGACUCCCUGUCGAGGCCUCGGAUAUGUAAAGUCCAUUCGUUGGUAGCGUUGGACCAUUAGAUUUCAAUGGAUCGUGACGUGCCAUUGGAUCAAGAUUAAAAGACUGAAACAGGCAACUGAUUAUGACUAAGGUUUUGAUUGUUUCGCGGAAAA